CUUACGACUCAAAUGGCCGUUUGAUUGCAAUUUGCUACUCUUUUAACGCAUUCUUCUACGUAGCACAGUCCUCUUCUCGUUUUCACCACCCCGAACAAUUUCCCUUUUCUUGAAUCAAUGGCUUACUUUCUGGUUCAAUUCUGAACCUCUUGGUAAAACUAAAAACCAAACGGGUCGAGUUACAGGCAUUCACUUUGGUACUUGAACGGGCUGAAGAAACCCCUGUCCUAGCCGGAUAUCGGUACCGUCGCUAAGGGGCCGAUCCCAGUCGCCGGUAAGACUCUCUGGGUUUGGGCCUUAAGAAAAUUAGGGAAAGUGGAAGAGGAAAGGAAAUUUUGAUUUCUGACUUUGUUCUGUCAAGUAUAGACGGAGGGUCUCGUUCAAAUUUGAUUCUUUUCCUUUUCUGCUAUAAUGGCCCAAUGGGGACCAAACAGGGCAUGCCUGUUUGAUAUGAUUUUUUAUACUUAUAACUCAUUGCUUGCUCGGACUUCAAUCUUUUUGUGCUUAUGACUGGCUGGAAAAAAACUGUGGGUAUUUGGCUUGUGGGUAUUGCAUAUCUUGAAUUGUUUGAAGUUUUUAUCAUUUAAAUUGAUCCAAUCAUUUGGCAGGACUUUUUAUAGGGUAUUAUCUCUCUUUUGUUUCAACUGAAGGUGAAAUCCUAGAGGAGGAUAUCCGUGCUGUUCUAUGUGGUGUUUUUCAUGUUCUUUUGUUGGAUGCAUUAUGCCAUUACUUUUACAGUGAAAUGAGAUGGGAUAGUCAUGAUUGAUGAUGAAAAAAAAUUCCAUCCACGAAGUUUUAAACAGAAGAAGCGGUCUUGGUUUUGUUUACAACCAAGCAUAUCUGCAGAUGCAACAGUUGAGAUGUGCUGCUAUUAAUUCCUAAAACUAUUUCUCCUUUUGUUAAGUGGAGCCGUGGUGCUAAUAAGUUUGAUGUAAGAUACGAAGAUGUCUUGAUGGAAGGUGACCAUGCUAAGGUGAGAGUGCAGGUUUUCUCUUGUGGUUAUUAAUGAUGGACAUUCAAAGUUGCUCAGAGUUGAGUGAACCCCCACAGAUGCUUCCGCCUUCACCUGGAACAUUUGUGGAUCGUGAAGAACUAAUCCAGCAUGUUGGGGACUUUGCUGUGUCCCAGGGAUAUGUAGUUACAAUUAAGCAAUCUAAGAGAGACAGAGUGGUUGUCCUUGGCUGUGAUAGAGGAGGUGUUUAUCGUAACAGGCGGAAAUCUGCUGAUGAAUCAUCUGCUGAAUGUACUCGCAGAAGAAAAACCGGAACUCGGCUGACUAAUUGUCCUUUUGAAGCUGUGGGAAAGAAGGAUGAUGGCUUGUGGGUCCUUACCAUAAAAAAUGGAACACACAACCAUGAACCCAUAAAAGACAUCUCGGAGCAUCCCUCUGCUCGUCGCUUUACAGAGAGAGAAAUUCUUAUAAUUAAAGAAAUGACAGAAGCUGGAUUAAAACCUCGCCAAAUUCUAAAGAGACUAAGGCAAAGCAAUCCAGAUCUUUUAUCAACUCCGAAACAUGUUUACAAUGUUAAAGCUAAGCUCCGACAAGGAAAUAUGACAGUGAGGAACUUCAAGUCCUUGGGACCUCAGAAGUCUGCUGUAAGAAACAAUUAUCUUGCAGUCACGAAGCCAUCUUGGAGGCAGCGCAACCCUCCGGCAACACAGCGAGUUGUUUCCCAAGUUCCCAUAACUACAAUUGAGGAGUUCAAAGCUGCGGUAUUUGCAGCAAAGCGGGCCUUUCCAUUGUGGCAAAACAUGCCAAUUGUGACUCGUCAACGCAUCAUGUUCAAGUUCCAAGAGCUUAUUCGCAGAGACAUUGAUAAGCUUGCUAGGAUUAUUACUGCUGAACAUGGAAAGACAUUGAAGGAUGCUUAUGGUGAUGUAUUAUGUGGGCUGGAGGAGGUGGAACAUGCUUGUGGACUGGCGACUUUGCAAAUAGGGGAAUUUGUUUCUAAUGUAUCUAAUGGAACUGAUAGCUACAGCAUUAGAGAGCCGCUUGGUGUUUGUGCUGGGAUUUGCCCCUUUGACUUUCCGGCUAUGAUUCCCUUAUGGAUGUUUCCUAUUUCAGUCACAUGUGGUAAUACAUUUAUUCUGAAGCCAUCGGAGAAGGAUCCAGGGGCUGCAGUAAUGCUUGCAGAGCUAGCCGUAGAAGCUGGCUUGCCUAAUGGUGUCCUAAAUAUUGUUCAUGGCACCAAUGACAUUGUUAACGCGAUUUGUGAUGAUGAUGAUAUUAAAGCUGUCUCAUUUGUUGGUCCAAAUGCGGCUGGUGCUUAUGUCUAUGCAAGAGCAUCAGCUAAAGGGAAGCGCAUUCAGUCCAAUGUUGGAGCUAAAAAUCAUGCAGUUGUAAUGCCUGAUGCAAGUGUAGAAGCUACUUUGAAUGCCCUGGUUGCUGCUGGUUUUGGUGCAGCAGGACAAAAGUGCAUGGCCCUUAGCACAGUUGUUUUUGUUGGAGGCUUAAAUCCUUGGGAAGAUAAACUAGUGGAGCAUGCCAAAGCAAUUAAAGUAAACGAAGGAACAGAAUCAGAUGCUGACCUUGGACCAGUGAUUAGCAAGCAGGCAAAGGAACAAAUAUGCAGAUUGGUCCAAACAGGUGUUGAUACUGGUGCAAAACUGGUCCUUGAUGGGAGAAACAUUGUGGUUCCCGGAUAUGAACAUGGCAAUUUCAUUGGUCCCACCAUCUUGUCCAAUGUCACAAUCAACAUGGAGUGUUACAAGGAAGAAUUUUUUGGCCCACUUCUCCUUUGUAUGCGGGCUGAAAGCAUCGAAGAGGCCAUAAACAUUGUUAACAGAAAUAAAUAUGGCAAUGGAGCUUCUAUAUUUACAACCUCUGGUGUUGCUGCAAGGAAAUUCCAAACUGAGAUUGAAGUUGGGCAGGUUGGCAUAAAUGUUCCCAUCUCUGUACCCCUGCCUUUUUCCUCAUUUACUAGCUGCAAGCCAUCCUUUGCUGGUGAUCUCAAUUUAGAUGGCAAGGCUGGAAUUCAGUUUUACACCCGGGGGAAGACAGUGACUCAACAGUGGAAAGAUUUGCCAGGCAGCAAUGAUGCAUCCCUGGCAAUGGCAAGUUCUUAGUGGUUAUAACAUGUGGUCUAUAUAGAAGUGGGAGAGGGCUGCUUGGGUUGACUCAUCGGUUAGCUUCCUUGCUCUCCGGCCAGCAGUUGCUCCCAUCACCCUCAGCAUCUAGUCCUGGAUAUACAUGUAUAUAUAGCAGUAAAUUUUAUGAACAGGUUUAAUUUUGUGAAUGUGUACAAUCUAUUAACAAAUGGGCACUCCAUUAAUGUAUGUAUGCAUGUGUCAUGCAUGUGCUCGUGUAUAUAUUUUCAAGCAA